UCAGUCGUACGGAUUUCUUGCAGAGCUCCACGAUUCGACGCGCGCCGGAUUCCCCAGAUAAGGAUUAACGUCUCCAAUGUCGGAUUUCUUCUUCCCUAUCCUCUUUGCUUGAACACAGCUUUCCGAUUUUUUGUUCAAACGUUGGAUUAUCGUUCUGCUGCCGCUUAAUCGUAUCGUGGAAUUUGUUCAUACUGAGCGAACAACAUUGUUUCUUUUUUGUGCGAUUUUGAGUUUUCUCGUUGAUUAUGGGAACCUCCGUCUGUAACAUUCUCUAUCAAAUUCAUCCAAAACAGCCGCUGGUUAAUGGAACUGCAAGGAGUUCGUAUUCCUGUUACUGCAGAGGCUUAACUGGGCGAAGACUCAGAGUUUUAAGUCCUCGCAGAAGGUGUUAUCAAUUGGCUACUGUUGCCGCCAUUGUUGAGGAAGUUCACACGUUAGAGAGUGGAAGAGAGAAACCGAGGUUUCGGUGGGUGGAGGUAGGCUCUGAUAUUACUGAAAUGCAAAAGCAGGCUAUAUCUCAGCUUCCUCCCAAGAUGACUAAAAGAUGUAAGGCUGUGAUGAAGCAAAUUAUCUGUUUUUCGCCUCAAAAUGGUAAUUUAUCAGAUAUGUUGGCGGCGUGGGUGAGGAUUAUGAAGCCUAAAAGAGCUGAUUGGCUUUCAGUUCUUAAGCAUUUGAGAAUUUUGGAUCAUCCACUUUACAUCGAGGUGGCAGAAGCUGCUCUUGUAGAGAGAACAUUUGAAGCCAGUACUCGGGACUACACAAAGAUAAUUCAUUACUAUGGGAAGCGAAACCAACUCGAGGAUGCUGAAAGAAUUCUCUUAAGCAUGAGAGAAAGGGGUUUUGCUUGUGAUCAAAUAACAUUAACCACAAUGAUCCACAUUUAUAGCAAGGCUGACGAACUUAGUCUGGCCAAACAAACUUUUGAAGAGCUCAAACUGCUCGAGGAACCGUUGGAUCGAAGAUCGUACGAUGCGAUGAUUAUGGCAUUUAUCCGAGCUGGGAUGCCCGAGGAAGGUGAGAACAUUCUCAAAGAAAUGGAUGAGAAAGACAUAUAUGCAGGAAGUGAAGUUUACAAGGCUUUGUUAAGAGCGUACUCGAUGGCUAGCAAUGCCGAUGGAGCUCAAAGGGUGUUCGAUGCCAUUCAGUUGGCUGCUAUUCCUCCUGAUGAUAAGUUAUGUGGUCUACUGAUCAAUGCGUAUUUGAUGGCAGGCCAAAGCCAAAAGGCACAAAUUGCUUUUGACAAUAUGAGGAGGGCUGGUCUUGAACCUAGUGACAAAUGCAUAGCGUUGGUAUUAAGUGCAUAUGAAAAGGAGAACAGGCUGAACGCUGCGUUGGAACUUCUCAUAGAUUUGGAGAAGGAGAAGCUCAUGGUUGGGAAGGAAGCUUCAGAAGUACUGGCAGCCUGGCUUAAAAGACUAGGGGUGGUAGAAGAGGUAGAACUUGUCUUGAGAGAAUACGCUGUGAAAGAAGCCAGCGGAUAAGGAAGAACCCUGAGAUUAUUAGCAGUCCAAUCACCAGUUAGGCUCCUUUAGGGACGUACGGAAAUAGCGAGGCACCGAUGCGUUGCAUCGUGGAGAGUUGUUUUUGGACAAUUUGUUGAUCAAUGCUGCCCAUGGAUG